AUGGAGCUUGCCCGCUUGCGAACGGCACUUGGCGAAGGCAGGACGCUUGAGUUGGAAAUCGACAAGCUGAGGGCGCUCCUGGGCGCCAUCGAGGCUGAUGUUCGUAUCUUGCGGCAAGUCAAGCAGGAGAAGGGCGAGCUUCGUGACUGCACAGACGGUGAAUUUAUCCUCCGCAGUCCGGAGCGCCGGAAACGGAUGCUGACGCAAGCGGUGCAAUCUCAUGCCCUCAUCCCAGAGGCAGAGGCACCAAAGGCCGCGCCUCCGCCGUUUCACGGGAAGGAGCCGGCGGCUGUCGGUCCACAUCCAUCGGUGCCUCAAGGUCUUCGAUCUGUGAGGAGUGCAGUGGAGCUUCGUCAGCCACUUUUAGUGCCAGGUGUGGGAAGGAGGCCCCUCAGCCCAAUCAGCGCAGGAUCUUUGCCAACACCAGGCCAAGGUUUUCAGCCCGUCUUGGCAAAGCAGCACAGCCACCUGUCAGGACCCAGACAUCACGCCACACCAACAAGUGUAGCAGUCAGCCCAGUGCAACGCCAGCCAGGCAACGGGCUACGUCUGGCAUCGCCCCCGCUUCGUCCUGGGCCGCCAGGUGCGGCUUGGAAGGGCGGGGCGGUGAUUCCUCCAGAAGACAGCACGCCUGCGCAACUGGCAGGUCGGGAACAACCGGCGUCUUCACAUACGCUCCUGAGAACGUGCUCAUCUUCGGCAUCUUCAGGUUUUAGCAAUCCAGCUUCCGCGACCGCUGCCAAGAUCCCAGCAGUGCCACAGCCAGGUUGGUCUCAGCUUGGACCUGAUGCCAGCUCUGACUCGUGGACCUGCCAAAGAGGAGUCCCGAGGCAGCCUGACCGUCACUGCUGGUACUGCGGCCAGCUAUGGCCUGAUAACCAGUCUAUGCAAGGACACCGGAGCAGGGAAUCAUCGGUCGUGCAGCCUGCGCAUGCGCUGCAGGCAACCGGGUCUUCGGAUUUGCUCCAGCGACUCGAAGCUGCUGGAAUCGGGCCUUGGCAAAUCGCUGAGCUGAAGGCGAGUGAGGCGAGGCUGGCAGAAAUAGCAGCUCAAGCACCUGGCAACAGAUAA